AUGUUCAAGCUCGAAUAUAUAGAAUCUGGUCCAGAUGGUGUCGCUAUAUUUCGAUUAAAUGAAUCGUUGACAUAUCCAAAUGCCAGUUACAUAUCAGAUAAAAUGAUAGACCAUGUCAAGGAAAACACUCGCAGAGGGAAACCCUUAUCGAAAGCCAAAGGCUCUCGUCGAUGGAACGACAAUACAAAAACAGACUCUGCUAGUGUCCUACAACCGUUGCUGAAAGCAAUCGUAAUUGAUUUUGCUGCUGUAGCUAAUAUUGAUUCGACAGGUAUUCAAUGUAUAACAGAUGUGAGGCAGACAGUUGAUAGAUGGGCUAAUCGUUACAUCUAUUGGCAUUUUGUCAAUGUUCACUCACCGGAAGUACGACGUAUUUUAAUCAGAUUGGGAUUUGGUAGUCAAUUAAGUACCAUUGCUGCUGUUCUCAUACCAAGUGAUCGUGCGCGAAUCACGACUGUCGUUGUUGCAACAAUUGAAUUAGACGGCCUAGAAACUGGUGCAUCAUAUGAGCCGGAUGAGAAAACUGAUACCUCGAAUCCAGAUGAGACUCCCAAAGAAAAACAUCGAUUUAAGACAGGAUUUGAUUCUCCUCCAUAUUUGGAUUUGGAGCAGCCGAUAGCUGACAACAGCUCAGACCAGCAGAUACCUAUUGAACACAAAUAUUCAUUUAAGGAAGAUAAUGACCCAAUAAUUGUUAAAGAUAUGUACAAAUUUUUUCAUUAUAGUAUGGAUGAAGCAGUUAAAGCUGCUCAAAAAUCAUACGAAUCUUAA